AUGUCUAACGAAUUAUCUCAUGAUACAAUUGAUUUAACUCGUCUUCGAUGGCGAUUUGUAAUAUGUGCUGCUUCAUUCUAUGUUAAUGUCAUUACAUGGGGAUUUAUUUCUUCAACAGGAAUUUUUGAAGAUUCAUUUAGAACUACGUAUGAAUUAUCAUCAUUUAAAUCGACGCUUCCUGGUUCUAUUCAAAUUGCUACUAUGUCUAUAUUAAGUGUUUUUGCAAGUAUAUUGACUAUAAAAUAUGGAGUUCGAUGGACAACAAUAUCUGGUGCUUUUAUUUCAACUAUUGGUUCAAUAUUAGCAGCAAUUAUUGGAGACUAUUGGGCAUUUUGUUUAUUCUAUGGAUUUCUUGUUGGUACAGGAGAAACUCUAAUGCUUGU